AUGAGAACCCUUCGACCACCUAGAAGGACACCGGCCAGAGUACCACACCGACGCUUUGACUCUAGCAAUCUCCGCGUCCCACAGCUGGCACAGCAUUUUAGAGAAACCUGCAAACGUCACCUUGCAGAGCCAGUGGAUCAGGCCUCUGUGGAGCACCACUGGACCACCCUCAGAGAUGCCAUGACCCGUGCACCGGAGGAAACCAUCGGCUACUCAAACAAGAAAAGACAGGACUGGUUCUAUAAGAUUUAUGAGUCCAUCUCGCCUGUCAUUGAAACUAAACGUCAGACACGUCUGACUAUGAAGAACCAGUCUACAGCUACCAAUAAACGUGCUCACUGCCAAAGAGGCAUACGAGAAGCCCAGAACACCUGGUGGCAAAGAAAAGCAGCAAAAAUACAAAGCUACGCUGACCAACGAGACCUGCGCAGCUUUUAUGCGACAACCAAGGAAAUUUUUGGCCCCACACGCUCAUCAGUGGGCGGACUAAAGGACAUGGACGGGGCUACAACCAUCACCGACAGCGCGGUAUUCUGUCAAGGUGGAGGUCUCACUUUGAGAACCUCCUCAACGCCCAGGUCAACACGCCAGACAAUAUGCUGCGAAUGA